AUGAAGCCCCUGGUGGUUACAGUUGUACUGGUAGCCCUGAUGCAACUUUCUCAGACGUUCCCUGCUUGGUACCACAGAGGAUGGUUGAGGUUGUUAAGAGAAGGGGAGAGUUGUGGGACAUGCAACUUGGAACUUUGCUCUGUGCCUACGGAUUGUCGAGCUGGGACUGUCUUCGAUCUGUGCGGCUGCUGUUCUGAAUGUGGCAACGUGGAAGGGCAGAUCUGCGACUUGGACAAAGGCAGUCAUUUCUACGGUCACUGUGGAGACCACCUGGAGUGCCGGCUGGACAUCGAGGACAUAAAGUUUGGGGAAAUCCCUGAGCCGCAGUGCGUGUGCAAAUCGCAGGAGACUGUGUGUGGCCCCGAAGGAAAGACCUAUGAGAAUAUUUGCCAGUUCAAAGAGGCUUCUGUACAGAAGGGGAGAAAUAUUAGCAUCCAGCACAAAGGGCCGUGCAAAUCAGCUCCUGUUAUUUCUUUACCACCUCAAGACACCCAGAAUUUCACAGGGAAUGACAUAAUUUUCGGUUGUGAGGUAUCUGCUUACCCCAUGCCACACCUUGAAUGGAAGAAAAAAGGAAAUAAAAUGUUUCUUCCAGGAGAUGAUGCUCAUAUUUCAAUUCAGGCAAGAGGGGGACCUCGGAAAUACAGUGUGACUGGAUGGUUACAAAUUCAAGGAAUCAAGAAAUCAGACGAAGGUGUCUACAUAUGCCAAACCAAAAACAAAUAUGGGUUUGCCAUUUCAUCUGCCAAGCUGAAGGUUAUUGAUGGUUCAUCAUCAUUUCAGAAUAUCCCUGGCAGCUGGACCACAAGGGACAAAACAGAUUAUGGAGACUAUUUUGAAUCUAUUGAAGACGACGAAGAGGCAGAAUAUGAAUCUGGAGACUAUGGAAAAUGAAACAAGUGCCGAUUGUGUAAGGGGAUAUG